AUGUCUACAGCUUCAUCUGAAAUAUCAGAACGAAUCGCCGUUCUCACUAAUGCCUACCAAGAAGUGACGACAUAUAUCGACCGUCUAGCAAACCUCACGGCACCGGGCACCGAAGAAGCCAGAAACGAGCUAGCGGGAUUAAUACACCAGAGCCUAAAGGAAGGCGAUGCAGAACUUGAAACAUUAACUCUCCAAACCGCCACUCUAAACCCAUCUACAGAUCCCCAAGCGGCAUUACACUCCCGUCUCCACAAGCUCUCAGAAGAAUUCAAAUAUACGCGAACAAUAUACCGAAAAUCCCUCCUCCACUCCAAAAGAUCCUCAACCCUCAACGCCCGUCGCGAACGUGAAGCCAUCCUCCUCCACCAACAGUCCUCAAUCCCAACUUCCCCAACCUCAUCAACAAAUGCCUCCCCAUCAACAUCCACAGCUUCCCUCCCUCUCCAAGUCCCAGGUUCAGUCCUCUACCGUCGUCCAUACCACCAAGCCACGAGCUCCAAAUCCAAAAAGGACGCCCAAUCAGACCUCCUCACCUCCGCCUCUUCAGACGUAACCACAGCCCUCCGCCGAACCCACGCAUUAAUGACAGCAGAACUAACACGCUCCCAUUUCGCCUCCGAAACUCUCGCACAAUCGACAGAAACCCUCAAGCAAUUGGGAUCAAAUUACUCUUCCUUCGAUAAUGUAAUAUCAAAGAGUAAAGGCCUGAUAACCGACUUGGUUAAGAAGAAUAAAAGCGACAUGUGGUAUUAUCAGAUGAGUCUUUACAUCUUGAUCGGAACGAUUGGGUGGUUGAUUUUUAGAAGGUUGCUUUGGGGUCCUGUAUUCUUGCUGGUUUGGUUGCCGUUGAGGAUGUUGGUUUGGAUGGUUUUGAUGCCGUUUAGGGGAGGUGAGGUGGCGGUUAGUAAUAGUGGUGAUGUGAUAGGGAAGAUGGAGAGCGUACUCGGCGGUGGUGAUGCACGGAGUGAAGUAAGGAAGGUGGUGGAGAGUAUUGCGCCCGAAGUCGGUGCCGGUAAUAAUGCAAUUGAGGAACCGAGUGUUAAAAAGGUGGUUUUGAGUAAUGGAGAGGAAGUGGAAAUACCACUGGAGACACCGUUACACCCCGUGGAAUCAGAGGGAGAGUGGGUGGACGAAGAUAUUAAUGGAGAGAAAGAACAUGGUGAGGGUAACGAGGGUGGUGAAACUGAUGAAGGUGGUGAAGAUCACGAAGUUCAUAAAGGUAAUGAAAGUAAUGAAGAUCACCAUGACGAACUAUAA